UUUUCCUCCAAGGAGAAUACUCGGCUCAGGACCCUGGUUCUUGUCUCUCUCUGGCAAGUUGCGAACGGGCGACCUACGACAACCUGGCGAGCUCGUCACAGCGUCUCACACCAGUCGCUCCCUGUGGACUAUAGUGAACGCACCCGGGAAAACAACGCUGCUCCGCUUGGAACCUCCACUUCUUCUUCUUCCCCUUCUCGCUCGACUCGUCUGGCUUUGUAGUAUAUGCUCGGAAGAUGGCGACUAGACACGCCCAUUUCAUCGUGGCCUGGAUGCUGUUCAUCUGCACGACCACAGCCUACUACGCGAAUGCGGGGGGGCAGUGCGCCCUCCAGAUCGUGCGCGGCGCAGGAGCGCACUCCUCUCUGUCACAACACCUCUUUCAUAACAUCCUAAAUAUCCCGACGGCUGGUUCUGUCUGCAUCACACACGACGACGUGGAAGUGGCUUUCUACACGGCCAUGACACGAAGCAAAUCACCGCUCCCUAACGGCAAAAUCAUCCCGCCCAAAAUCGGCCAGAUAGGAACCAUUAUUACGGAGAUCACAAGAAUCAUCGCUAUUCAACACAGCCUAACACCCCAGGAAGUAGCGGUCCAUCUGCCCUUGUUGGACACGACGAGGACCUCAAUUAGUCAGAUCUGCCCAGCGUAUGCUUCGCCAAUGAAAUGUACCCCUGGAAAAUACAGACGAUUCGACGGUUUGUGCAACAAUCUGAAGAAACCUACCUGGGGCGCUGUUAAUGCCGUGUUCCAAAGGUUCAUCCCCCACGACUAUGCUGACGGCAUCAGCGUCCCCCGUGUCAGCUCCGUCAGGGGCGGAAAGCUGCCCAACGCCAGGAUAGUGUCAGCCAUGAUCCACAGGGAUGAAGGCUUCCACGACCAUGCUGCCACCACCUUCCUGAUCUCGUGGGGACAGCUCAUGGAUCACGACUUCACCCUGACUGGGACGCCCCUAGAUCGCAGAACAAAGAACGAACUGGAAGAGUGUUGCGACAGGCCCCCAAAUGCCCGUGACCCCAACUGCCUGCCCAUCGAGAUACCCAGAGACGACAGAUUCUACGCCCUCUUCAGGUUCUCCUGUCUCGACUUCACCAGAGGAUUCCACGGACUCAAUCAGAACUGUGGAUUAGGUCCCCGUUCCGCUUUCAAUACUCUGACGAGUGUCAUUGACGGAAACACCGUGUACGGCGGAAGUGACAAAGCAGCCAGAGAACUGCGUGCGGGCGUGGGCGGCCUCCUUCGCCACUACGACGCCUUCCCAGGGAUGCCCCUGAAACCUCUGCUGCCCCUCAAGACAGACAUACCCGACGAAGGAUGCAUCAGGGAGACCCAGUCUCAGAGGUGUUUCUUGGCAGGUGAGAUCCGAGUGAACGAACAGCUGAUCCUCACCUGUGCCCAUACGCUGAUGAUGAGAGAACACAACCGAAUUGCAGAGACCUUGGGCCACCUGAACCCACACUGGGAUGACGAAAGACUAUACCAGGAAACUCGGCGCAUCGUGGCCGCGCAGAUCCAGCACGUAACCUACAACGAAUUCCUCCCGCAGCUUCUGGGCCGUGACGUCAUGCGCAAGUUCGGUCUGCUCUUGGAGACGAAGGGUUACUGGGACGGAUACGACCCAACCGUAGAUCCUUCCAUCUCGGCUUCGUUCUCUGCAGCUGCCUUCCGCUUCGGUCACUCUCUCCUGCCUUCCGCCAUCGAAAGAUGGAGCCCCUCCCACAAAUUCAUCGCUUCCAAACGUCUUCACAAAACCAUCCGUCAGCCUUUCGAUCUCUUCAGACCAGGUGUAUUAGACGAAUUCUUCAUUGGGCUGCUUAACCAACCUGCACAGGCUAUGGAUGACGCAAUCACGCAGGAGGUCACCAACUUCCUCUUCGCUGACCCCAACGACGAUUUCGGCUUUGACCUGGUCGCCUUCAACAUCCAAAGGGGGCGUGAAUUUGGGGUACCCGGCUACGGAGCAUGGAGAGAAUAUUGUGGUCUCAGACCAAUUCACUCCUUUGCUGACUUGGCAAGUGUUAUGACCAACAUCACUGCUUUGAGAUAUUCGCAGAUCUACAGUUCCGUGGACGACAUCGACCUCUGGAGCGGAGGAGUCUCAGAGCGCCCCCUUCCAGGAUCCCUUCUGGGUCCUGUACUCUCCUGCAUCGUGGCCACCCAGAUGCAGCGCCUUAGGAGAGGCGACAGGUACUGGUACGAGCUCCCAGGUCAACCUUCUUCGUUCACGCCGAAACAACUUCAGUCAAUAAGACAAACGAGGCUCUUCAGAUUGUUGUGUGACAACACAGACAACAUAGUUACAGCUCAGGUCUAUCCGUUCGUACUGCCUGACCACCGCAUCAACCCUCGUAUGCCCUGCAAGAGCAGCGUGUUGCCCUCAAUCGACCUGACCCCCUGGAUAGAAACCGGCGCAUCAAUUCAACCUGCCAUACAAGUGGGCAUCCCACCUGCCGUGCUCAAGGUCAUUCCCCAGGUCAUACCCCACGUGCCCAUCAUACCCCCCCUUCUCUAAGGAAGGACUUUGGAAGAUCCCUGAUACGAAAAAAUAUAUGGGCUCCUAUGGAAUAAGGAUUUCGGAUGGAAGGGUUAAACUUAUAUACUAAGGCUGUGGAGGAAAUGCUUCUUCUUUUUUUUUUUCACCUUUUUUUGUGGUUGUUUAUAUGACGUCUGUGGGAAUAUGCGCCUAUAUUUAUUUUCCUUUCUCGUUACUGUUUUUUUUUUUUAUCAAGGUUUAAAUAUUUUUCCUACUUUUUUAUCUGUCUGUUCGCCUGCCUGUCCAUCUGUCAGUCUGGUUUAUUUUUUGUCUCUCUUGCAAUCUGUUUAUUGUGUCUUUGAAGCAGGUGCAGGCAGAUUUACGUGUAUAAUUGUAUAUAAUUGUCAUACAUGUACACAUACACACGUGAGCACAUACUAUGUGUAUAUAUACAUAUGUUUAAUAUUUCAUACUGGUUUUAAAUCCCCGUCUCUGUUUGUCUGUCUGUCUGUCUGUCCGUCUGUCAGCCUCUCUCCACAAAGAUUCAACCUGUGAAGUGACAAUAUCAUAUAUACUUCAUAUUUUCAAUCAUAUUAUACUUCAUAUUUUUUAAAUGUCCUUAACAAAAAAAAAAGAUGAUUUUUUUAUAUUUUGUUGACGCUGAGUUCUGAUUUUUCAAGUCUCUUUGUACAGAUGAAGAUCCAAGUAGAUGUUUUAUAAGAAAUAAGAAAAAAAAAAAGAGCUGUAUAUUUUCUUUAAUUUUAUACAAUAAAAAAUUGAGACUAUA